GUCAUUCAGAACACAGGAUCUCGUCAUUCAGAACACAGGAUCUCGUCACUCAGAUCUCGUCAUUCAGAACACAGGAUUUCGUCAUUCAGAACACAGGAUCUCGUCAUUCAGAACACAGGAUCUCGUCAUUCAGAACAUAGGAUCUCUUCACUCAGAGCACAGGAUCUCGUCAUUCAGAACACAGGAUCUCGUCAUUCAGAACACAGGAUCUCGUCACUCAGAUCUCGUCAUUCAGAACACAGGAUCUCGUCAUUCAGAACACAGGAUCUCGUCAUUCAGAACACACAUGGACCUGAGCAGAUAACUUAAUAUCUUCUCUCGCCUCUGACGUCAGCGUGUGCAUGAGCAGCUGCACACCGAGUGGAUCGAUGCAAAAUAUUGCAGUUCCGGUUAUUUCCCUCUCGUGAUCUCUCGUAAUCUCCCGUACUGACAAUUUUUAUGACACGUCUUAUCGGCACCUCCAGCCACAUCGUUUCUAGCGGAUAUUAAUACCCAUAUGAGACCGUCUGCUCAGCUUUGUCGGGAUUAAGGCCCUUGGGCACCCUGGGGAAGCUAAUGACGCACACAGGGUCAGUCCUACAGAAAGCAGCUUAGUUUGUGCUCUUGGCCUCUCUCUCUCUUUCUUUCAGAUAUUCACACUUACGCACGCGCGUGCACACCUACAAACAAAUGCACAAAAAACUCAUGUGCUUAGAGAGAGAGAAGAGCACGAUUCCAAAAGUUAUGACCGACGUACUCUGGUGGUUAGUGUGCUCGACUUACAAGCAGGAGCUUGGUGGAUGAAGGUCGGCCGGCCCUGUGAUCGAAACCUCACCCAGGCAGUUAUUUAUUUAUACAUUGGGCUGAUGGUGGGAAUACAUAAAAACAUACCUGAUUUAUACCUAAUCAAAGGACAAAAAUUGUCUUCUGACAACCCACAAACAGGAUAAUCCACCUACAGUUCAUUGCUUUGAAACCUUUGACCUUUGAUAUUUGUAUGGUAACAAUGAAAAUAUCUGUUUAAAGUUGCUUCUUUGUUGUCAUGUGUUGAUGCGACCUCCAGGACACUCAUGCGUGCUCCAAAUAUGGACAAUUAGAUGUUUUUAUCAAGCGCUUUAAGCUAGCCUUUGAUGGCGGAGUAAAGUGCUCUAUAAAUUAUCAUCAUCGUCGUCGUCAUUAUCAUUAUCAUCUUCACUGACAAGACAUACAUGUAUGACGUCAGCAAUGGAUGUCCCUCAGACAGGUAUCCGAAAGAAUACUAAGAAUCAGACGGAUAUAGAGAUUAAUUUAAAAAACAAUAGGACUAGGAAUCACAUAAACAACAAAGGACAGGAAGAUGACUUGCAGGUGAGACGUGACGCCAGAUGGUCACCGGAUCAAGAUGGCGUUAGAAUGCUACAUGUGUCGGAUCAUUUCUUCUAGGAACUGUCUAAUUAUAAACACAUAUUUUACAGAUUCGAAACAGCUGUUUUGCUAUGAUUUUCAUGCAAACAGAAGUAUAUUUUUCUCGCCUUUUUUUACGAAAAGUCGGGUUGUGGUCUCAGAGUAAGGGAGGCAGGUAUUGUACACGCUGCAAAAGUGUUAACACAUGGUGGCGGAGCUACAGCUUGACCAUCUCCACACGAACCCACAUAUCUCACGCCAGAUUGAGGGGUUGGUUUGAGUUCAGAAUUUCCACCCAUCCAUCAAUUUUUUUUCGGACAUCGCGCAGCACUUCUUUGUUAGAAUGCACUAGAAGCACAACGAUUAUUGGUGCAUUUCUCAUUAAACUUUAUUGAGAUGAAUUUCAAUUUCAAAUAAUAAUGUUGUUGAUUGUUGGUUUAUAAGCUCUAGAAGGCUGAUUAAAGGUUUCAGGAUGUGUCAUGGGGGUUGGGGGCUGUCCAAUGUAUCCAUGAACAUUCAUCUCGCAGCUGCUGCUCUCUGUACUCAGCCACCUUGAGACCACGAACAUGUAUUACUGUAAUGCUGGCAGACUAAAACGAGGCAGGUGUUUACAAAGCUUCCGGUUUAGUCACAUUCAUUGUUUAGGUUCGCCGAGACUAGCUGCGGAGAACUUCGCAAGAGGCCAAGCGUGGGUCUCGGCAGACAGACACCAUAUUGAGACUAAGCCGAUUGACGCAGGGUCAUUGGAGAGUCAUCCAGAUGGCGCCCACAGCCGUCCUACAUCACUCUCCCAUCAGCUGCCACAUGCCAGGUGUAUGUCUAUCGCCAGACAUCUGUGAACCUGAGAAGAAUCGGGGGGAUCUCGUUGACCAGCUUGAAGAAUUUCCUCACUCCUUCCUGAUGACUGAUCUACAGAACAAAAGUAAAAGUUAUUUUGAGCGUAUCAAAGAGGGUUUGGUACAAGGUCUGAAGGUGGGCUUUAAGACUACUUUAGAAACAGCACGAGCUAAGAAUUUGCUCUCGUACAGUUUGUUUCUUCUCGGGUAUCCAGACGAAGCAAUAGAGGAGAUUGACAGAGCUUUAGCUCUAGAAGAUCAACAAACAAACAUUGUGUCCCUGGCCAAUAAAGCUUUUAUUUGGAUUUCUAUGGACUACUACGAUCAGGCACAAGAACAAAUUCUUGUUCUUCAAAAACUGAAGACACACUCAGACUUUCAGUACCUGGAGACAAAAGCCAAAGGAGAACUUGCGUUCAGCUACACACGUAUGGGUCCACCAUUUAUUCCUAAAACGAUCAAGUUAUUCGAGGAAGUUUUGCCAAAAGCAAGAGAAGAAGAAAAGUUCUUAUGGUCGUUUGGUCUUGCUCUUACAUAUCGAAGAGCCAUGCACGGGCAAAAUAUUGAGGUUGUCACUGCCAUUGAUAAUCAAGAAAAGAGUGAGAGGACUUUAAAUCUACUGAAGUACAUUAUUAGAGAAUCAACAAGUAAAAACCUUCAGGCUAAAGCAUAUUCUGAACUUGCCCUACUUCUUAACCAAAACAAAACAAAUGAAAGCUUAAAUCUAGAAGCUGGCAUGUCAAUUGAAGAAGCAUGUAACAAAGCUUUGGAGCUUGACAAAGAUGAUUACUCUGUCCUGGUUAAAACUGGACGACUUUUUCGCUAUCUGAAGGAAACAGAGAGGUCACGUCAGGUGCUAGAGACAGCUGUGUCCAUUCGCCCUUCCUCUACAGUUUUCCACCAUCUUGGACUGACGUACAAGGCGCUAGCUACAGACAAAAUCUAUGAAGGUUCCUUAUCGGGCACACCAGGCAGAGGAUCAUCAAGAGGGACAUGGAACAGAGGACGUGGAGGAGGCUGGCGAGGACGUGGAGGAAGAGGUAGAAUGUCGGAAGGAACAGGGAGCGGUCAGAUAAGUGAUGGAGCCCAUGCGCGAGCACCAAACUCAAUGAUCGUAAGAGAAAAUUCAGACAAAGUAUAUAAUGUAGAAGUGAGUGCAGGGUUGAGAGGGGGAAGUGGCCGCACCCGGGGGAAUAUUCCAGAUGAUCGCCCAUUUACAAACAGAUCAUAUACGCAUGACAGGCAACAUACACAGGAACGCGCAACUUCUUGUUAUUCCUCUUUAGAAGGGGGUGAGCGGCCUUUUCCUUAUUGUAAAGAAAAAACUACAGUCAAGGAAGACAAUUUUAUUGAUAGGUUUGGAAUGAUGUCCCUUGACAUCAACAACCCACGCAAGCGUGGGAGUUUACGCAAGAACUAUGCCCAUAAUGAAGAUGCCAGAUUAACCGACACGCUCGCACAAAAGCGUCUAGGGAGAAUGGUCAAGUCGCCAAAUGGCAAUGAAACUAAAUUUUCCAGAUCUGAUUCUUAUAUACCGGAAGCUCUACAUUAUCUUGAGGAGGCAGUAAAAUUCAGCAAGGACGAAAACAAACGAGCUGUCUAUGACCUGGCACUCUUACACAAAGCACUGGGAGAGUAUGACAAUGCCCUGAUCCUCUUACAAAAAAUCAAGAAUAGCACAUCAAUGAUGGUAGGAGCUUUUGAUAAAGUUAAUGCUUGGGAGCAGAUUGGACUGAUCUGGAAAACCAAGAGUGAGAAUGAGACCAAUGAAGAAGAGAAGAAAAAACUGGAUAAGAGAGGAAAUUCAAUGCUAAGGUCAGCUUUACAUGAAGCAAUGAGAUUAUUUUCAAGAGCACCUAGUAUGCAGCAACAAGUCUGUCAUGUCUGGAAUUCAUUUUCAACUCUCCUUGCAGAUAUCGAAAAUUCAGACGGAAACACGCGAGAAAAAAUAAGGGAAAAAGCACGCCUACUUACUUUGGUAAGUAAACACAAAGAAAGUAUCAGCCUUCUUCAAGAACUCAAGACCAUUUCGCCACAAAAAGAAAACGACCCAGAAACUCUAAAAUUACUUAUUGAGAACUAUUCGGGAACCAAAGAUUAUGAAUCUGCAGCUUUUCUUAUAGACUUGCUGAAGUGCAGCUCUGAAGGCAACCCAACAAUGAGUCUUUUUGGAGACAAGUACUACACGCAGAAGGUGUACAUAAAGGCUGCAGAGCAACAUUUAAUGACAUCUUGUGAUAAACUAGAACCGACCUUUGACCUGGCUAGGCGCUUUUUUCGUGCUGCCUUCACAGAUAUCAUCAGCGAGUCGUCGGUCAGUAGCGAAUCUUGGGAGACGGGCAGUUCAUCUGACAGUGAGGAAGCUGAUGAAUGGCACGUGAUGAUAUUGUAUGACGAUCGAGAUGAAGAUAUGGAAAAGUACGCCAAUAGUUUAAAGUCUCUCCUAGGAGACGCAUGCAGCCUCGGUGUGACGUGCAUGUAUGAAGACGUUAUGCCCGGAAUGAAAAGAGACGGACUGUUACGAAACAUGAAGAGGAGCCAGCUGCUGAUCUUCAUAGCUGGUGAGAAAGUCUCCAGAAAUCUUACAUAUUUUAUGGAGAUUGCUGCUGAAAGGCAAUCAACGGUAACACUACUGGUAAAUACCCAGAAAAUACCCAGACUGCUCUCCAAACGUAGAAAUCGGCCAUUUCCCACAGAGUUCCUGGACUUUACAGCUGGGUCGUACACUCCAGACACAGUCAACGCCGUCUGCUCACUGUUUCGAUUUCUCAUUGGUAUUGGAGAGGGCUAGUAUCAUCACUGGUGUUAAAGAAGGCUAGUUAUGUCAAAUGCACGCAUAUUUAAUAAAACAAACACCGUCAUGGGCCAGAAUGUACAGAUCGUCCCAUGCCUGACCCAGUUGUCGUCGGUCGGCAAAGACCUUUGUGGGGAACCGUGCAUCUGUCAAGUUCCCCGGACGACCAGAUCAGGUCAGGUAGUUAGGUAGGUUGGUUAGUGCCAGCAAGUAAGGCUAUUUCAGGACAGGACUGAUCAAUAGACUGCACCCUUGUACCCUGGUGGAUUACAUUAACGUCAACAUUAACGACUACACCUUAGGGGUGAAAAGAUAAAAUCCAAAUUACUAAGUGGCAAAUCAGGGUCGUGAGCGACAGUAUGUGUUUAUUUUUAUGUUGCUUAGAUGAAAAGGGAAAGCGUGGUUGAAUGGCAAGUGUUUUGUGUGGAAGUGCGUGGGUGUGACAGCUGCUUUUUCUUUGAUGUAACGGCUUCACUGAGGGGCCCCACUUGUAUAAAUGAGAAGAGUAAGAUUGAGA